CACCGCCUCCCAUCAGCUGUCAGAGCAUCCCCCCUUCAACCCUCUGCUGUCUCCCUCUCUCCCUCAUUAUCACCUCUUUUUUCUCACUCUCCUCCCUCUCGUUUAACACUCUUUGACGCUGGUCGCCAACAACUAUACGAUGGACUUUAUCGACUCGAGUCGACCUAAUAGUAUUAUCCAAAAGGACCACUUAACCGACCACCCAGACCUUCCAGUUCGCGCACACCAAGGUGCUGCUCUUCAACGGAACAAAACAGAGCGUUUUCGACUCCAAGGUCUUCAACGUAACCUUUCUGCGACAGAAAGGCAGCAACAAGGACAGCGUCGAGGUGCUAUUGGUGGAGAAGGGACGUUGCUAUACAAAUGGCGUCUGUGGAUGAUUAACGAGGGCGGGAGGCAGUUGUUCUUUGCUGUCUUCAUUUUCCUUCACCUCAUCGUUGGCGUAUUCGGUUACAUCCACUAUCAAGUCAAGGAUAACCUUGUUAACGCCCGGAAGACGUUUGGUGCUGGCUUUACUAUCGCUCGUGCCUCAGCCCUUCUUUGCCACGUGGACGUGAUAUUCAUCCUCCUUCCCAUCUGCCGAAACUUCAUUAGCGUCAUGCGUCGAACUCCUCUCGGCACUGUCAUCCCUUUCGACAAGAACAUCACCUUCCAUAAAGCCACCGGCUGGUCCAUUGUCAUCUGGAGUUUGGUUCAUACCCUUGCACAUAUCGUCAACGUCAUCAACUUGGCCAUUCAAUCCGCCGACUCGACAGGAGAAAGAGUCAAAAACUUUUUCUUGAUUUGCGUACAGGCAGGACCUGCUAUUACCGGCUGGAUCAUGUGGAUUGCGUUGGGUACUAUGGCUUGGUACGCCCGAGAAUCCAAACGCCGCGCCAACUUUGAACGGUUCUGGUACACCCAUCACCUCUUUAUCCUCUUCUUCAUCAAUUGGCAACUUCACGGCAUGUUCUGUAUGAUCAAACCCGAUAGACCGCCCUACUGUUCCUCCGAUACCAUUGGAGUCUUUUGGAGAUAUUGGUUGAUUGGUGGUGUCAUCUGGAUUUCCGAAAGAGUCCUGAGGGAGGUCAGGUCGAGGCAUAGGACGUAUAUCCACAAGGUCAUCCAGCAUCCUUCGAAGGUUGUGGAAUUACAGAUCAAGAAAGAAAAGACCACAGUUCGUGCGGGACAGUAUAUCUUCCUGAACUGUCCCGAGAUCUCGUACUUCCAGUGGCACCCUUUCACCCUUACCAGCGCUCCCGAAGAAGACUACAUCUCUGUUCACAUCCGUGUCGUUGGAGACUUCACGACUGCUCUGGCUAAAGCCGUUGGAUGUGAUUUUGGCGCCAAAGAUAAGACGAAGGAGGGCGGCAAGGUUUUAGGCACUGACAGCAAUCCACCUCUCAAUCGUACCCUCCCCCGUGUCAUGGUCGACGGUCCUUUCGGUUCUGCCUCCGAAGACUUUUUGAAUUACGAAGUGGUUCUGCUUGUCGGUGCUGGUAUUGGUGUAACUCCAUUUGCUAGCAUCCUCAAAUCGAUCUGGUACCGCCUUAACAACUUCAAUCACUCCGGCGAGCCGACACGUCUCUCCAAAGUGUACUUUACAUGGGUCAUCCGUGACUUUGGUGCUGCCGAAUGGUUCCAUUCGUUACUCCACGCGAUAGAGGAACAGGAUACGCAAGGGAGGAUUGAGAUCAACAUCUACUUGACGGCGAAGAUCAAGGACGAUGACAUGAAUAACAUUAUCGUUCAGGAUGUCGGAGCUGAAAAGGAUUCAAUCACCAACCUCCGUGCUCCAACGCAUUAUGGAAGGCCGAAUUGGGACAGGGUGUUCCAGAGUAUUUCGGAUAAGCACGUGGAUUCGGAUUGUGGUGUGUUCUUCUGUGGCCCUAAGGCGCUGUCCACCAUGCUUCAUACGAAGUCAAACAAGUACUCGAAGCCCACCGGGACGAGAUUCUUCUUUGGCAAGGAGAACUUCUAACUCGUCUCCGGUGUACACCGUCUAUCUUCCUUCUUUGGUUUCGUGAUUGUUUUGAGGAAAGUCUGUUUGAGAUUUUGGCUUUGCGAAAGGUGUUGGAGAGAAAGAGGGCGUCAGCGGUGUUUUAUGGGUACGAGUUGUGUUGAUUGCGGCUCGUCUAUAUCCGUACAUUUUAGAUUGUGGAUUUUAGUGGUUCCUGCUUUCGUUGCUAUGACAGAAUGAACACUGGGGUUAGAAACUUAACGAUCUUUGCCGUUUUGGAUGAUCUGAACCAAAGGGUUGAUUGAAAUGUGAAAAUCGGCGUAAGUUUUGCCAGGCGCCGAGUCGCGUACAGGAUUACACCUACUAUAUAGUGUGCUAGAUGGACAUCCCAUGUUCCCAGAUGCAGGUUCCUUGCGU